AUGGCGUCCACCGAAGAACCCACCUCUGUUCCCUCCGAUGUCGAGGUCGAGGUCGCUGUUGAUGCCAAUGUUGAAGUUGCGCCUCCAGCUACUCCCGUAGACUCGACUGUGCUGUCCGGUGGUGAAGAAGCCAGCGAUUUCAGCCCCGAGGCAUCUAAAGAGAAUAUCCCGGUGUCUCCUGCUAAGACCAGUGCUGGCACACCGGCCAAACGUCCUGUCGCAAGCACUACGGCUGCCAAGCGACCGACCUCGGCCUCAACCACCUCGAAGAUCGGAGCUACCCCAACUUCCCGCACCAGUACCAGCAGUGCACUGAACAAGCCUCCUACCCGACCUACUACUACGACGACGACUGCCACCCGGAAGCCCCUGGGUGCUUCGACCACUUCAUCUCACCGAUCCCGCGCGUCGGUCAGCAGCUCUGCAGAUGAGAAGCCUCGGUCAAUCGCAAGCUCUGGAGACGAGAGGCGCAGCAUCUUGGGUUCAUCCAAGCGCACUUCUAUGGCUGCCACCCCAUCUACACGGGCUCCUUUAAAGUCUACGUCGACCAUCGACCGCAGGUCAAGUGUUGCUGGCCCGGCUUUGGAUAGAAAGCCUGCGGCUCCUUCGACUGCUACCUCCCGCACUCCCGCAUCUACCAGCAGACCGGUUGGUAAGCUGACUUCUUCGACUACACCGAGUGCUCGACCGACUUCCUCAACCUCGGCUACCCGCCCAACAACCACUCGCCCGACGACCGCCACCUCCGCUACUACACGCACUGCGGCGCCUUCCACGAGAGACCCGACCAGGCGCAUGAGCACCAUUUCGAGCACGACUUCUAGAAGUGUUGGCGACUCGGAAAAAUUGCAAGCCCUGCAGGCGAAGCUCACAGAGAGUGAAGAGACCGCUACCAACCUUAGAGCUGAACUUGAAUCAGUCAACGAGAAGCUGAGUCAACUUUCUCUCGUCGAGGAGGCCACCAAGGAUAGCGGUGCCACGGAAUCCCUUCAAGCAGAGCACUCUGCUGAAUUGGCGAAGCUUGCUUCUGCUCAUGCAAAUGAGCUUGAAUCAUUGCAGAUCCGACUCGUAGAGGCGGAGACACAGCGUAAAGAGUUGGAGGGAAAGUCUCGGGACGAACUUGAGGCUGCUAAGCAGUCAGCCAUUGCUCAGGGGGACGACCAAUCAGCCGCUGCUCUGGAUGAACUCAAAGAAAUACAUCAAGCUCAAUUGGAAAUUCUUCAGAAGGAGCUCGCCGGAUACAGGGAUUCUGCUACUGCCUUGGGGGAGCAAGUGGAAGCUCUGAAAAAGGAUCUUGAAGAGCAGAAAGCCCAGUUGACUGAGGAUAAGGCUCUGGCUCUCAAUAAUCUUCUACGCGAACUGGAAGGCCGCGAUCAGGUACUCGACACCUUGAAGGUUGAGCUCAGCAAGCUGGGCGCUGCCAAGGAUGAGGAAAUUAAGGCCGAGAAGGAUGCCGCAGAGAAGGCUACUUUAGCUCUUCGCGAGCAACUUGCUUCUUUGGAAGCCAAGAUCGCUGAGUCUGAAUCCACCACUCAGCACGAUUCAGAGGAAAUCUUGAACUCGAUUACUGAGAAGGAUCAAGAGAUCACGGAUCUUAAGCAGAGCCUUGCCAAGGUUCAAUCCGACCUUCAAGAGGCACAGAAAGCCUCUGCUGAUGCCCUCAGCACCAAGGUUAAAGAACUGGAGGCCGCUCACGAAGCUGCCAUUAUAAAGGUGACAGUCGAGCAUGAUCAAAUUUUGAGCUCCCUUUCCGCCUCGCAUGCGGAAGAGCUUACUGUUGCCAAGGCCGCUACGGAGUCCACCGGUACUGAGCACGCUCAGCAAUUGCAAGAACUAACUGACGCAUUGGAGUCUGCCAGGACUGCUGCCCAGGGGGAGAAUGAAAAUGCCAUUUCAGAUCUCAAGGCUGCCCAUCAGCUUGAGCUCAAUUCUCUCAUGCCCAAGUUGGAGGAGUCAGAGAAGGCCCUCAGUGAAUCACGUCAGGCUUUGGAGGGUCAUGCUGCCGCGCGGGAGUCCGCCAUUCAAGAAGUUGAGGCUCUCCGUCAGAAGGUUGGAGCCCUUGAGCCACAGGUCUCUAGCGGUGCUGGCAAGAUCAAUGCUCUUCAACAAGAGGUUCAAAGCAAGCAGACCGAGGCUGAGGAAUUGUACCGCAGCUUGAAGAACCUCGAGGGCGAGUCUAAGUCGAGGGACGUUGAGAAGGAGAACAAGCUGAAAGGUCUCCAAGACAAGGCCGCCGAGGCUACUCGACUUCUUGAAGAGCACACCGCCAAGUCAGCUUCGGUGUCCGAGCAGCAUGCUCGCGAUAUCGAGGCUCUCAGGGCCGAACAUGCCGCCGAGUUGGCGCUAGUGACAAAGGAAGCUUCUGGCUCACACGCAGACGCUCUGAGUGAACUCCAACAAAAGCAUGACGAGCUCCUGGCAAAGAACCGUGAACUGGAGUCGACCCACGAGACCCACGCUUCCCAGGUUGAAUCGUUCGAGGCUGAAUUGAAAUCGAUUCAAGACCGCCACGCUGGAGAUCUUGCCACACAUACCAAGACUCAUGAAGCUGAGACCGCCGAGCUUCAGAAGCAGAUUCAAGAAUCCCAAAUUAAGGCCGAUGCUGAGCUCAAGGCUUUGCAAACUUCUGCCACUGCCAAUGGUGACUCUCAUCAAAAAGAGAUUGCUGAGCUACAGAAGGACUUUGAGAAGACCAGAGCUCAGCUGCAAGCUGAAAUUGAAGCUGCUAAGAACUCAAAGGCUUCCGAUGCUGAUGCAGAGCACGGAAGGGCCAUUGAAGAGCUUCUUACUGUCCAAGAAUCUAAGCUGGCGAAUCUGAGAGAGGAGCUUGAAGCAUCCCACGAGGCUAGACUUGGUGAUCUGCAGAGAAUCCAUGAGGUUGCCCUAGCCAAGGCCAACGAGCAAAUUUCUAAGGCCAACGAAGCCGCGCAGGAUACAUCUAUUGUUGAUGGUUUGAUGGCCACCGUGACUGAGCUUGAACAGAAGCUGGCAGCUUCGGAGAAAACCCAUGUUACUUUCCAGGAAUCUGCGGUGACUACUUCUCAGGAGAUUCAGGAGAAGCACGCCGCUGAGGUUGCUAAGAUUCUGGCUCAGCACUCGGAGCUUGCGGCCAAACAUGAUGUCGCACUUUCCCAGAUCGGAGAGCUUCAAAAAUCUCUCGUUACCUCCAGCGGUAAGGCUUCCGAGUUGGAGUCCAUCAUGAAACAGCUUUCUCAGUCUCAGGAAGAUGUCACUGCUUUGAGGGCGAAGCACACCGCUGUCAGCGAAGAGCUAGAGGAGUCUAGGGCCUUUGGCAAUGCCAUGGAAGAACUGGUUACUGCUGGUGAACGAAAAAUGAACGAUCAAAUCGACAAAAACAUGACUCUUCUCAACAAGCUUGGUGAUUUGGACUCGUCAAUUUCCGCUGGCCGGCGACGAGUCCGCGAGCUUGAGGCGAAUCUCGCUUCUCUGCGAGCAGGACAGCUUCUGGGCGCAGAGAGAGACAGGAGCAGCUCGUCGGGUUUGGAGUCAAGCCAGUGGGCAACAGCGGAUGACAGUAGCGAACAAGACGAAUAUGGAGGCGCAGCGACAACCGAAGGUGAGAACCUUGGUUCAUCUAUCGAGGGAACGAUGGCCAGCAUUCACGAACAGCUUAAGCAUAUUCGAUCGGCGAACGAUGAGUGGUAUGAAGACCAUCGCAAGCUCAUCGGAGAAUUGUCUCAGCUCUCCCGACGAGCCACUCCCAAUCCCCCUAGCCAGACGUCAACACCCAGCCCUGAGGUCGCAGUGACCGCUCCUGAAUCCGUGAGCAGUCGCGUUUCCUCUGCCAGGUGA